CAUCCGCUUUUGACUUGCUCAUGCGGCGCUAAAGAAACGGAAGCGAGUAGCAGUGUUUCGCUUCACUUGAUAACAUUGUUAGUUAACUAUAAUAAACCAGUUAAAUAUAUAUCGUUUAAGUUUCUAUCGACAAGAAAUGAGCGACAACGAAAAGGAUUUUGGCGAGCGGGUUGAGUUGGGAAGAAGCAAAAUGGCGGAAGAAGUUUCAGAUAUGAAGUUUGAAGUUGUUAAAGGGCAUAUUUGAUGAAGCUGAUGGUGUUGAUGCAUGCUAAUGUAAAAUGAAGCUGGCAGAAGCGAGCGGCCACGCUGUCCACUGGUAGAGUGAUGUAAUGGCAGAAAUCAAAUGGGAGGAAGGAAGUGGGGGAAGAGGAGAGAAAAAUGAAGUCAGAAAUGGUGUGAAACGGAAGAAAGAAGAAAAGAGAUGGUUGUUUUGAAGUUAUGAAGUUAAAGAAGUGAUGAAGUUAUGAGAAGUGUUCGGGGGACUCGCGGUCCGCUUCCAGGAGUGUGAGCCCAAGGGGUUCUGGGAAGUCUGCCAGCCGCUCCCCGGCCCAUUCCCCAGCCCGCUCCAAAGAUGGCUCCAGACACUCCAGGUCUAAGUCCCACUCCCGAUCCCGCUCCAAGUCCAGGUCUCGUUCCCACAGAAGCUCCCGCAGGCAUUAUUCCCGCUCUCGCUCCCGUUCCCACCGCCGCCGUUCCCGUAGCCGUUCCCGAAGCGGGGAAUACCGCCGCCGUCGGAGCCACAGCCACUCCCCCAUGUCCAACCGCCGCAGGCACAUUGGCAACCGGGCCAACCCGGACCCGAACUGCUGCCUGGGUGUGUUUGGUCUGAGCCUGUACACCACAGAGAGAGACCUGAGAGACGUGUUCUCCAAGUACGGCCCCCUGGCUGACGUCAGCAUCGUCUACGACCAGCAGUCACGACGCUCCCGCGGCUUCGCCUUCGUCUACUUCGAAGUCCGGGAGGACGCCAAUGAGGCUAAGGAGAGGGCUAAUGGAAUGGAGUUGGAUGGGCGGAGGAUCAGGGUCGAUUUCUCCAUCACCAAACGACCACACACUCCUACCCCUGGGAUAUAUAUGGGACGGCCCACAUAUGGUGGCGGCGGCGGCAGCAGCAGCGGAGGCGGUGGUGGAGGAGGAGGAGGAAGUGGCGGCCCCAGCUCAAGCUCAUCUCGCCGUAGCUCGAAGGAUUACGACCGCGGCGGUGACCGUGGUUACGAAAGAGGCUAUGACCGUGGCUACGAUCGCUAUGACGACCGAGAGUGCUACAGGUCCUACAGACGCAGGUCUCCGUCCCCGUACUACAGCCGAGGGGCCUACCGGUCUCGCUCCCGCUCGCGGUCUUACUCCCCACGCCACUACUGAGCAGAGGGAGAAGAGGAGCAAGAUGAUACUUUUUGUGGGGUUAGGGCCAAGGGUGGGGUGCAUAUCUAGGGAAGUUAGGGAAAUGGUAAAGGAUGUAAUUGUGAACUUGAUAAAGUCAUAUUUUUUGUUUAUUUUAGUUACAUUUAUUCAGUAGGUGGAUUUCUGUACAUGAGCUUCUUUCUGUCAGUCUUGCCGUUGUGUUUAGAGAAGCUGUCGAUUUGUUAAUCCAGGGUUCUCCCCAGGAUUUAAAAAAAAUGGUGGUGCUGCUGAAUACAGCGAACACCUGUAAUUCCCAUUUCCUGCGAUCAAGAGCACAUUUCGGUAGGGUUCAUUUUCACAUAGUGGCGCAGCCAGUCCACAAGGUGGCCCAGCACCCCUCUUACAUUAUUUGGGGAGAACCCUGUUUAAUCCAUCUGAUCUUAUUUUGUAUCACCAGGCUCAUUUUUACUGGGUAGAUGUGUUGAAGUACAGUGAUAUUUAGUGCACGAUAGGCUCUAGGGGAGAGGGCCCAAGGUAAAUGCAGCUCUAGGAUCUGAUUACCUUACCCCCAAUUCUAACCUUAACCUUUAGGUUGAUAAAAAAAAUCUUACCCUUUAUCAGUGGUUAGGGGGUAACUUCUUCCUCCUGUAUGUUCGGGAGAAGAGCCAAGAGCUAGAAGCUCUACCCUAGUUCAAUGCUGUGUGUAUGGGUGUACCAUGAUUUUAAGUCUGCAGUAUUCCAAGCAAUAAUAAAACUGCAUCUUUUCAA